AUGUAUGGGUGCGUCAGAACAGAUGUACCAAUUGCCAAUUUCAAAAUGAAUGCUGAAAUUUGUUGCUGCGCAGCCGAUCUAUGUAACUGUAAGAAAUUGACUGGGGAUCAAUGUAAGAAAGGCGAUCCAGGCGAUAAAACACCUCUAACACCUGCGCCUCAGAAUCCAACAGGCACCACCACUUCGAGACCACAUCGUGGAAACCCAUCAACAUUUACACCUCAUAAUGCAGCAGGCACCACCACUUCAGGAGCAUCUUACGAAUGUCGCCCAUCUACCUUUGUGAUGCUUUUGUUCGCCAGUGCGUUCAUUAAGACUAAUUAUGAUUUGUAUCUGCGUCACUAA